AUGACCUCAUGACAAGAGAAGAUGACAGAAUGCUCCCAGCAAGAGACCGGUCAGCAAAGAGGCGACCUGUAGUUGAAUUGGGGAGAUACGGUGCAGAGUAUGCUCCGCCCACAAAACGCCGCCGGGGGGGAGAGGUUGGUUUGUCAAACAUCUUGGAGAUCAUUGUGGACACCCUGAAGGACAGGAUUGAGGUGUCUUACCUUUUCUUAAAACCAGUGUCAAAGAAGGAAGCUCCUGAUUACCUGAAGAUCAUCAAGCACCCUAUGGAUCUUUCGACAAUCAAGGAGAAGGUGAGAAAGUUAAGAGUAUAA